AUGGACACAAACCGCAUAUUUAAAAUUAAAAAGUUGACGGGGAAGGUAAAGCCUUUACAUCCUCCAGGGCUCCAGAGCCGUUGUCCAUCCCCAACUGCUGAGGCCAGGACCAACACCCCAGCACCCAUCCAGGGCUCCAAAAUCGCCACUCCUGAGCCCAACUCAGAAUCCACAACCAUCACUUUUGAGCCCAGCCCAGAAUCCAAGUCUGCCUGUCCCAAGCCCUGCCUCUGCUCCAGGAGCCCCACUCCUGAGCCCAAAAUGUGCUCAAGGACCACCACUGCCAACCAAGCCUGGACUGUGCUCCAGGACCACCACUUUCGAGCGAAGCCCAGAAUCCAGGCCCGCCACAUCAGAGCCCGACCCAGGCUCCAGGACCGCCACUUCUUUGCCCAGCUUGGAAUCAAACUGCCACUCCCAAGACCAGCAAAUGCUCUAGGACCACCACUCCCGAGCCCAUCCAUGCUCCAGGACCGCCAUGCCAAACCCAGACCAGAAUCCAGGACUGCCACUCCCGAGCCCAGCCAUGCUCCAGACCACCUCUCCCGAGCCCAGCCCUGGCUCCAGGACCACCACUCCAGAGCCCAGCCAUGCUUCAGGAUAGCCAUCCCCCAGCCCAGCCCAAAAUCCAAGACCUCCACUUCUGAGCCUGGCCCAGAAUCCAGGACCCCCCCCCACUCCAGAGACCAGCCUAGCACUAGGACUGCCACUCCCCAGCCCAGCCCUUUCUCCAGGACCGCCACUCCUGAGCCCAGCUUAGAAUCAAGCUGUACUCCUAAACCGAACAAUUGCUCCAGGACUGCUACUCCCGAGCUCAACCCAUUCUCCAGGACCGCCAUUCCUGAGCCUAGCCCAGAAUCAAACCACUACUCCCGAGCCCAGCGCAUGCUCCAGUACCACCACACCUGA